UUGAAGAAAUACAGAUAUAUCAAAUGGAGAUAUGUGCGUGCCGUUCGAACAUGAUGGCUGGUAUUUCAAACAUGUGGCAGCGAUCAGAAAGGCCUAGGAAAUCCUAAGAAGACAGAUCAAAGCUGUGUACGUGAGAAAAUGUACGAUUCACGCCUGACUUAAGAAUCUUACAAAUUAAUGAGAUUCGGCGUUAUUAAAAGUUUAUCUUGAAGGGGGGUAGCUAGGUCACGCUAGUUUAGCAGAUUACGUUCUGCACAUCCAUUCUGACAAAACAGUUUAAAACGGCAAAGAAAGAUUUAGGAAGCCGACACGAAAUACUUAAAACCAAAAUUGGAUAACAGGUAAACUCAAGCAUUCUGCGUUCCGUUGGCGGGUUAGCAUCUUAAGUUCGUAUGAAACGCGCGCUUGUAAGGCUCUGAAACGCGAUUUGAUUACUUAAGCAGGACAAAAUCAGCAAAUACAUAGCGUGAGAAUUCGACGUAUGUAGCAUUAUUCCGACGUCGUGAUGGGACAGUGCGCCGGAGUUUGACCUGCAAAGGUUAAUCUCACGGCCCUCAUUAUUGGAUGGACGUGACUUUGUAAUCGUUCCAAUGUUUGUCUCAGGGUAAAUCAGGGGAAGCCCUCGCUGUACAUAUCACCCACGCUCAUCACGCGUGGGCGGGAUCACACUUCCAGUUCCCCAAACGGGCUGGGUACAGGUCACUUAUUUUAGGUGAUUCUGUUGCAGUUCCUUUAAAGGGCCGGGCAUAUUACAGGUCACUUAUAUUAGGUGAUUCUGUUGCAGUAGGCUCGAUUUCCGCCGCUCACUCGAGUAAUUUCUACGUUCCUCCCUGAGAAGAGAGUUCGGGGGAGGCGCGCGGGCUGCUUUUUUGAACAGCCUACUGUUGCAGUUGACUAAAAAAAAUCUAGAAUCCAGAAUUUCAGCCCUCUCCUGGAGCCGAACAUUUCCGAAAGAGAUUUGCAUCUUCAUGAGGAGUGUAUGGCUGAAAUGCAGGCUACAAUAGCUCUAAAAACGAGGUGUGAAGCGAGUAAGGGUAAAAGCCUCGCGUAGGACAAAGUCUUCGUAGGGCCUAUCAUGAGUAUAACUUUUAAAAGUCGAAGUCCAAAAGACAUAUCGUUAUGGAGGAAAUUCUAAGUUGAUAAUGGUGUAGUUUUGUUCAAAAUUACUAUAGCGGUGCACUGAAAUAAAAGAUGUGUUAUAAUGAAUUGUACAUUUACAAGGUUGUGAUAUAUCAAAUUGAAAAGUCUGGAAAUUUUUUUGAGUCUUUUUGUCUUGAAAAAGCGUCAAAACUUUGUUGCAGUAAGAACCCCCUUCAAUGAUUCACUGAUCUAUCGAGUCAUAUCUUUGGCGGUACUUAAAAAAAUGCAGUAAAAUCGUCGUCAUAUCUUCGUUUUAAAGACAUGUGGCAAAAAGAGGGAAAAUUUCUAUUUCUUGAAAACGCUGCGAGAAAAAGAAUAGCAUUCCAUCAACAAACUCGUGCUAGUUCUGUCUUAACAAUAAUUGAGUGAGUUUUCGCGCACUCUUCAGUUGGCCGCCGGAGAGCUAUUGCUGAUAACAGUAUAGGCCAGAUGAUGCAAGCUGUAAACACAACGCAUGACAAAUCUCAGAGAACUUGAAAAAUUGUCAAGCUUCUCCCAUAAACGGAAGCUGGUAACUUGGAAUAUCGACCAAUAUGGCCACUGCGGGACACUUGGGACGAAAUUUCCCACCAGCUUGUGAACUUCAGGUGGAAAGAGAGUGAUCCAUGGAGCUAUAAGGCGCACGAGUAGGGUUUCCAUCGAUAUCGCCACUUUGGAGUGGUGACUUCCCAGUGAAAACUCUCGCAUGUGGCACGUACUUCCACUGAGGGUGGAACGUUUCAUGAAAUAAUUUUAUUGGUUCAUAAGAGUGUAUAAAAUGGAAAUGUGGUCGAUUUGUAAAGAACACUUUUUGGCGCUAGCACGAUCUUCGUCUUCAAGUGAACCCGGCACGUGCAAAUGUGUGCGAGUGCAUGGUACACAUGCAAGUGUGAGACGAGCCCAUACGGGCACGCGUGCCACUCGUACACUCCUGCACGUGGACACGUGCCUCACGGGGCCUCGCGUUGAAACACAUGCAACCCACUACCCCCAAGAGACAAAAAAAGACAAUUAUCCUGGUAAAUCACGCGGAAUAUCGCCUGACAAUGAGUUGACAUUCAAGUGACAUUCGUCAAGCUCGAGCAGAAUAAUCGACUUAUUGUUCAACAAAUUGACCCAAACUACACACGCCAUUCCUAAAAUAUGAGGGGUGCAGGCCCAUGUGCCCUAUUUCGCUUGGCCUUUACGCUGUACCCAAGAACGAUAAAAAGUCUAUAAAACUAUUUGCGUUUGCUUGUAUAUUUGUGCUUUUUGUAGUUGCAUCUUGAGACUGUGGAACGUUUGCUUAUGACGAUGUUUAGAGAGUUUUAAAAUGUUUCAGACACUACAUCUCUUCGAAAACCAAUAUUUUUGAAAGGCGAAAUUCAUCGUAAUAGUAAAUCCUCAUUGUUCCUGACAGGGUACGACACGGGGAGGUAGUAUUGCUUGUUCCCACGUUCCCGGUUAUCACGUCCACACGAAUGGAGAGAAACUACAGAAACCUGGGCCGAGCCAAUCGCGCGAAAACAAAAUGGCGGAAAAAUUUGUCAACUCAACAAAAUUUUGACUCAGCUAGCAGUAACUGAUGUGCCCUUUUGCAAAGGGUGAAAUCAUCUUAUGGGUGUCACACCAAGAAAGAAAUGAUGUUUUCUGUACGAAUUGUGAACAGUGAUUUCUACCUCGCUGAUCCAGUUGCUAAUCUCGAUGUUUGUAAUUCCAAAUUUCGUGAGGAUGCGACAGUGUCAAAGGUUCCUGUUAUCCGUGUUUAUGGCGCCACUCCCAGUGGACAGAAGACAUGUCUCCAUGUGCAUGGAAUAUUCCCUUACAUCUAUGUACCAUACGAUGGAACACAGCCCACUGACAAAUACCUGAAACAGUUCGCAACUAGUGUGGACUUUGCAGUGCAAGUCGCUCUUGGUAGAGCUUCGUCAUCCCGUCAUCACGUCUAUGAAAUCACUGUGGUUAAAGGGAUACCAUACUAUGGAUACCAUGAAGGAGAGAGAGAUUUCUUAAAGAUUGUUCUGUACAAUCCAUUCUUGGUGACCCGGGUUGUCAGUCUCCUUCAGAAUGGAGCAAUCAUGAAUAAAGUGUUCCAGCCUCAUGAAGCUCAUAUCCCAUAUCUGUUACAGUUUUUUAUGGACCACAACCUCUAUGGAAUGAACCUGCUUCAUGUGUCUACUGUGAAAUUCAGGAGUCCUGUGAGACUUUUAGAUGGGGAAGCUGGUACAGUGACUUCUACCAUCCAGAAAUCUACCUCUCCUCAAUCUACUCCAACAACGUUUUCUGCCUCUCGAGCACAAAUUUGGAAUGAAGAUACUGUAUCUAGAGACUGGGUUUUGGGAUCAGAGGUUGAGAGACUCAGUUUCUGUGAGUUGGAGGUUGAUGUACAAGCAUCUGACAUCUUGAACAAGCUUGAGAUCGGAGUUAAUAUUGGUAAAAAUCCUGGCUUAGCUGCCAUCUGGGAAGAUGAACAACAACGAAGAAGAGAAGCAAAUGAAUCUUCACAAAUCUCAGCUCCACCAACACAAGAGAGAGGAUUCAUCAAACAAACUGAGACAGAAAAGAAAUUAAAAGAAAGAAUCAGAGAAAUAAUAGAAGGGCGUGAUGUUCUCAUACAAAGCCAGAUGGGAAAGCUUGGACGAGAAGCAUUGUCGCCACAAGAACUCGCCUCAUUUCAAGAUUACAUUUCGUCAUUGACUGCAUCUCAGAAAGACAUCGUUGGUGACAUUUCUUCAGAUGCUAAUGCUUUGUUACAGUUACUGUCACAAACAGCAGAUGACUCAGCAGCAGAAUCAUCACAAGUUGUCGUUGAUGAAGAUGAGCCUGUCGUUAAUCAGAGUAUUGUCCAGGAAGUUGUAGAAGCAAGUCAGCGAUCUUUUUCACAAGACCUCUCCUCUAGUCUGGAUAAAGAAAUGGUUGACAUCUUGACAAGCUUGGCUGAGGAGUCUAGUCAGCAAGGAAGCCAAAAAACAACUUUGAGUCAGAGCAUCUUGCUUGAUCAAGGAGAUGCGGCUUUGGACGAGGAAGCUAAGGAUGAGGAGGAAUUGAGUGAGGCUGACGAGUCCAUUAUGAUGUCACAGAGGGUCUGGGACGACAUCGAGCCACAGUUAGCGGAGACUGGUGAUGAGCAAAUGACCGAUGGACAAGAGAAUGACAUUGCAUCCCAAAGGGUAUCUCAGUAUGACUUGGAGGGAAUGUCGGACACGUGGGUAGGGUCUUUCUUGGGCGGCGACAUCCCCCAGUUAGACGGAGCAGCAGAUGAAGAUUCCAAUGGAAGAGAAGACUUUCAACUACCGCGGGGAAAGCGAAGGAAAGUUAAUCCUAGAUAUCAAGCUGAUAAGAUGAGUAAUAAAGCAGAUGUAAUGUUAUCCGCGACAAGAGAAAACUCCCAAAGAAUACCAGUCGGCCCUGACGAGUCUGACAGAAAUAUGGAACGUGGGAAAACUGAAAAGAGUGGAGAAUCUAUCAGCGUGGAUGUUUGGCCUCAAACAGCGAGAGCGAUUCGCACGUACUCUAAGAGAGGCAUGUCUGUUUUAGAGAGUCAAAGAUCGCCGACAUUGCACGAAGUGGAUAGAACGGCAAAGAAAGAUAAGGAAGACAUGAAUGUAGUUGAUACUGAGAAAGAGGCGGAGGAGAGGAAGAAAAUUGAAGACUGCGAAGAUGAAUUUAGGUUGUUCCUUAGCGAGUCAAGUGAUUCUGAAGAUAACACGACAAAGGAAACGAAAUUAGGGUCAAAACGGAAUGAUGUUAUUGGGCGUCAGAAAAAUGUUCCUAGCCUGAAAGAGUGCAAAGCAAUUAAAAGAAACUCCUCUAGUGUUCGAAAAGAUCAAGGGACAUCCGAUGAAUGCUACACUCCUGUUAUAACAAAAUAUUUCCACAGCCCUGAGAAGAACACCGAACAUGUCAGAAAACAAAACGAAGAGACACCAAGCUCCUUGAAUGAUCCGCCAGAUUCAAGUUUUACUGUUGGUGAGCAAUCUCCGGUACAGAUAACGCCUCACUGCUCUAUACAGCGGCAGGGGUAUUCGUGUAAGAGUACUCUUCGAAAAAGGAAGCUGCCAGAGUCUGGCGACAAAAGCGAGAGAAGACGCUCUAAGAGAACGUCGUUGCGAAGAACUAGGCAAAAUACCGAUGUAGUCGCGUCUUUGAACGCUGUUAGUGGUGCAAUGGCAGAUGUAAGGGUAUUUAUUAAGGAUGUUUCCGAUACACCAGCUCUGAGCUCAAAGUUUGAUGAAGCUCAAGAACGUUUGAGAAAAAGACGAGGCAAUCUACGUGGGAACUUUACACAGGUAAACCAGAGACCAAGCAGUCCUUCUAGAAUGGAGAUACUUCCAGGAACAAGUUCACCUCUUCGGUUAAGAAAGAAUGACAAGUCGCCACUGUCGAAAAAGGGACGUUCUCCAAAUAAAAAAGACGAAAGAAUGAAGAAGUAUGGAACGCUACCUGUUCUUAUUGCAAAAUCGCCUAAAAAGAAUUUUACUGCUGACAGUGUUGCCCCAGACACUCUUUUGUUGACAGAAGAGAAGCGUCUUCCUACAGAUUCAACAUCUGCGAGUCGCCAGGGUCAAGAUGAACCUGGUUUUCACUCAUCACAGGCUCCUCGUGUUUUUCCCGUUAAACUUAACAGCGGGACGGGACGCGUCUCGUGCCGAAGUCGUACUCGCGUGUCGGGACUUUUCUCAUCCCGCACGAUUCCUACUGCUACUGCUGAUGGCAAGAAGGAGGCGUCCCGCUCCGUCCCGCGAGCAUCCCGUGUGCUGUCCCUCAAAUCUGCAAGUAGAAGUAUUAGAGACAAAUCUCACAGUGAAAAAAGCCACACCUUGUCCCUUCAAAGGAAAGGGUUUAAACGAAAACUCAAACUAGACACCGAGAAAGACGUUCGAUCAGCGACACUGAAAGUCUUGCCAGGCGUUAGAAAGAAAAGAAAGCUUACACUAACUUCAAAAGAGGAUAAAUCAAGGUCUGUUCUGGAGGAGGAAGGUGCUGGUGAAAUUUUUGCUUUAUCAGCCGAGAACCUUUUGAUGGAAAAACACAAAUCUACUUGCGAGGUUAAAGACGAAAUCAGUAAUACUCAACAUGUUGGAUUUGGCAUCAAAAACAACGAUUCGUCUUUACGCUCUUGCAAUGAGGAAGCCUUCGCUUUGAACACAGGUCUGUCACACGACAUAAUCUGUAUACCUUCUAGUCCCGGUGAUUCUGAUUCUCACGAUGAAUCUCCUAACCGUGUUGGUUCUUCUGCAUCCGUCGCUGAGUCGACUUCUUUUCCAGUUUCAAUAAAGACGUGUAAUAAAUCCGAUGAUAAGUCAAACGCUUCGGUGUCUGAUGAACGUGAACAGAGAUCACCUGAGAAAGUAAAUUGUUUGGAAGUAAUCUCUCACGAAACUACUUAUUUUCAAGAAGAAAAAGACACUGAACUAUUAGCUAACGCACUUUUUAUCAUGUCAUACCCGUCGCCUUUGCCUUAUUUGGAAGAGUGCCAUUCACCGCCCAGUCCAUCUUCACCACUGGACGUUAAACGCGAUACUUCUGAUCUGAGAAGCCAACACAACAUGCCGGUACAACAACAGAAAUUCUUUUCUGAAAAUAGCAGCAUCGUUGAAGAAGACAGCAAGGUUUCAGAUGAUGUUGAACUAGAAAGGAUACCUGCUUCGUGUCUCAGCCAAGGUCAUGAAACCGGAUUUUUUAGUCCUGCAGAUGUACGUUUGCAAAAGAAAUCUUUACAACUGCAAAUGCGUCCUCAGCUUGGAGAAACACAGUCUCAGCACGAGAGCACAUCAUUAGAGUGCAGUGAUACGAAUGCGAGCAAAGAGCUCAAAUGUAAAUCAACCGAAAAUGAGAAUAGUGCUCAUAGCUUUGAUCAAAUUGUUGACGACAAGGAAAUGUCUUGCGACAAGGAAUCUAUUGAUUCGUGCGUGAAUAUGGAGAAUGAGGAUGGCACGAUGGAAGAAAGUAUUCUUGAGAGAAGAAAGAAUUCAGAAUUAUAUUCAGAGUAUGCAAUUCUCAAGGAGAAAUCACGUGGACGGAAAAUUGCUUACAGCAGUGAAUCACAUGAAUCGUUUGCUGGCUUGGAAAGUCAUGACUUUAUGAGAACUGAAUCACUAAUGCAAACGAGUAGGACGUAUUUAGCUGAAGCUAAAGAACAAAGUUCUAUGAGUACUGUGGAAAAGGAGUUUAUCCUAGAGUUGAGUACCGCAGAGGAUAGCUCCUCCAACAGCCAGCCAUUGGUACGCGGUGAUUUGCAGACCAGGGAAUUGGAAAUUUCCGUUGGGGAAGAGAAUCGAGUUCAACGAAUUUCCUCAGAGAACAUGCGUGAUGCUUAUUCCCUUGCAUCGCCCACAAUAACAGAGGAUCAUAACAAAAGCCACAUCUGUAGCACACAUGUGAAACAAAGUGAUUUAAAUUCUUCCUCUCUCGAAUUCAAUGGGAAUGAUCGCCACGGCCAGGAGAACCCUAUUACUAUUGAACCCUUGAAACGGCCGCCAACCUCACAAGAACUGAUAAAUUCACUAAAGGAUUAUGGGCUACCUCAAUGCAGAUACCAAGAGCCAUUUUGCAGUGACCCGGAUGACAUCCCAGCGUGCCCUAGGAAAGUAGGCGGACGAGUUUUGAGAAUCGAAUCAAAGCAGGUGUCGAAUCUUCCUGAGUUUGAAUCCUCGAGCUCUUUGCAAGGCUUAAAACACUGGAGAUUUGUGUUAUCUUCCGCUCGUGAGUGUAGCGUUCGAGAUAUUUAUCAAAGCAUCGAAGAUGCAGCGAACAUCGACAAGAAUUUACAGCUGAAGAUUGCUUUGAUGGGAGAAGGAGAAGUGGUGAUAACACCAUGUCGAGGUCCACCGGCAUACGAGGCUGUCAAGGCCUGGGCACGAGAUAAACUUGCCAAGAGAGAACUUCAAAAGCAAGAAACGGAUCUCGCUCUGAAAAAGCCAGAACUAAAACAGACAACUUCAAAUGAUGAAAACUUGGUCAACGUCGGGGAGAAUCAAUUGUCAGAACAGAGAAACGCAGAAUUAGUCGUUUCCAACACGUCUAAAAUCGAAUUGGGACAAGUCAUGCCGGUAACUUCCACUCCAAAAGUAGCUCCUAAGGAAGUGACCACGCUGGUCAGAGGUUCAUCUGUGGACGCCGAGUUUGAACCCCUUGUUGAAAAUAAACAUAAGGCGCUUGAUGUCGUCGAAAGUGAGCAAAAGUUGGAUGUUAUGGAAUCAUCAGACUCAUCUAGUCCUGUGGAAGUGACUAGUCCUUGCAGCCUGUUCUCGCCAAACGAGGGGAAAACGUUUACAUUUGCGUCUGGAACACCGCAGGAGAUUGUACAGUGCAAGUCAGUUAAAGUUACACAAGCAAAGAAUCAAUAUCUGAACACUAUUACAGAUACACAGCCAAUGAACAUUGGUGAAGCUCUGCCGUUGUCCGCUCAAAAUGAUGAACUAUUUUCUGAACCCAAAGACGCCCUUACUUCUGGUGCAAGCUCCGUGGAAGUCACGCCAUCUGCACUGCACUCUCCAGAUGGGACUCCCCGACAAUGGGCUUUAACCACAAAGCAACCGCUGUCGCCCAUACUGCAGUCUCAAAGUCCUGUGUUUGCUGCUCCAUACCACAGCACUCCAGUAGCUACCAAAUUAGUAAAUGGUGUCCAGUCUCCUCGCUGUACUCCGAUUUCAGAUGCUAGCAAGGCGAAGAGACUGAAAACUACUGCUGAAACUUCUGAUAAGAAUAAUCUUGGGAACCAAGCCUCCUCGGACCAGACUCCUUUACUGCAGCAACAACUACUGGCCAGUCAGUUGAAGUUUGUCACUCCUGGCUCGGAACCCCGGCGCCUAAUGCCGUGGAACUCGGAGAUCGAAGGCCCCUCUCCCAACAACACAUACGGGUUCAAGGUCACUCAGGUGAACCUGAAAGACGCCAAGGCUCUUCACGAGGUGCAGCAUUUGACUCUGUUCAGCUUAGAACUUCAUGUAAGAACAAGGCGUGACUCGCGGCCAGACCCGGAGUUUGAUCCUAUCUGUGCGAUAUUUUAUUACAUUCAAACCGACACCUCUCUCGCUUCUGGGAGAAACAAAAUCACUGGGAUUAUCUGCGUGGAUUCGGAAUCCUUUAAGAUUUGUAGUUCUAAAACUGAAAACAAGGCAAGGAGUAUUUCUAGGGCCGAGAACACGGCAGUAUUGUCGUCCUCCUCAGACGCAGUGGCAUCGACCUCCACUAGCAACACAUCUGUGUCAAGAACGACGCAAAACUCUAGUACUUCUCAUCUGAGACCUUUGUUAUGUCGUGCAGGGGUCACGGAUCACGAAGUACAAUAUGUAGCUGAAGAGAAAGACCUUUUUCAGGCUUUGAUCAGAAUUAUCCGUAAAUGGGACCCGGAUAUUUUGAUAGGUUAUGAGGUACAGAUGUUUUCGUGGGGUUUUCUCCUCGAGAGGGCAUUGACCUUCGAGAUUGACCUUUGCACGUGGCUGUCCCGUGUUAAAGGCUCGUCCUCUGCCAGUAACAUGGACGCUGAGAAAGAUCAAUGGGGCGCUGCGCAUACUUCUGAGAUUAAGAUCGCUGGACGGAUUAUUUUGAAUGUCUGGAGGCUCAUGAGACAUGAGGUUACGUUGAAUGGGUACUCGUUUGAGAACGUAGCGUUUCACGUUCUUCACGAACGCAUCCCGCUGUACACGUUUCGCACACUGUCGGACUGGUGGGACCACCGAACUUCCCUCAACCGCUGGCGAACAGUCGACCAUUACGUCAGACGUUGCCGUGGUAACGUCAGGAUCCUUGAAUCCGUGGAUUUCAUUGGUCGGACCAGUGAGCUAGCAAGGCUUUUUGGGAUCUUGUUCUUCUCCGUGAUAUGCCGUGGAUCGCAGUAUCGUGUUGAGUCAAUGAUGUUAAGGAUUGCAAAGCCGAUGAACUACAUCGCAGUCUCCCCCAGUAUCGAACAACGUGCACUAAUGCGCGCUCCAGAAACAAUACCAUUGGUGAUGGAACCGGAGUCCCGUUUCUACAGCGAUCCAGUCCUGGUCCUAGAUUUCCAGUCUCUGUACCCCUCCAUGAUCAUUGCUUACAACUACUGUUUCUCCACCUGCCUGGGACGAGUUAGCUGUCUGUCAGAGUAUGGUGAAUUCAAGUUCGGUGCAACUUCUCUGUGUGUUCCUCCAAGCCUUCUCAAGAAACUUGAAGGGGACAUCCAUGUCUGUCCAAACGGCGUCGCGUUUGUGAAAUCCAACGUAAGGAAAGGCAUUCUACCCAGUAUGUUGGACGACAUUCUUCAAACGCGAAUCAUGGUGAAGGCGUCAAUGAAGAGAUGGAAAAGUGACAAAUCUCUCGGGCGAAUGUUGGAUGCUCGUCAACUGGGCUUGAAGCUGAUCGCCAAUGUGACGUUUGGGUACACGUCAGCACAUUUUUCUGGCAGAAUGCCUUGUGUGGAGAUCGGUGAUUCCAUCGUGCGAAAGGCACGCGAGACCUUGGAACGAGCCAUAGAUCUUGUCAAUAACACCCCGCGUUGGGGCGCGCGAGUCGUUUACGGUGAUACUGACAGUUUGUUUGUGUUGAUCAAGGGUGCGACCAAAGAACAGGCGUUCAACAUUGGUAAAGACAUUGUGGAUACUGUUACGGCGAUGAAUCCGAAGCCAGUCAAGCUCAAGUUUGAAAAGGUUUAUCUUCCAUGUGUGUUGCAAACAAAGAAGCGUUAUGUUGGAUAUAUGUAUGAGUCUCUAAAUCAGAAGGAGCCUGUAUUUGACGCUAAAGGGAUCGAGACCGUGCGAAGAGAUUCCUGCCCUGCAGUAGCAAAGGUACUUGAAAAGUCGCUGCGAGUUUUGUUCGAAACACGCGAUCUGUCUUUGAUUAAGAGGUUUGUCCAGCGACAGUGUACAAAAUUGAUGGAGGGACGCGCCAGUCUCCAGGACUUCACGUUCGCAAAAGAAUACCGCGGAAUGAAGAACUACAAACCAGGGGCAUGUGUACCAGCUCUGGAGCUGACGAGGCGCAUGCUCAGAGAGGACCGCAGAUCAGAGCCUAGAGUGGGAGAAAGAGUCCCGUAUGUAGUGGUGUACGGUAGUCCUGGUUUGCCUUUGAUUCAGCUCGUGAGACGACCCCAUGAAGUGCUUCAGGAUCCCGGCCUUCGACUGAACGCAUCUUAUUACAUCACUAAACAGAUCUUACCACCGCUCAAUCGUGUCUUCUCUCUCAUUGGCUUGGACGUGUUCACAUGGUACGCAGAGCUCCCGCGUGUUGUGCGCGUAGCACAGAUGUCCACGGACCCAGGAGAGAGAAAAAAGGGCACUAUUUCCCAGUACUUCUCUACCAUGACGUGCCCAGUUUGUCAAGAGCUUACUCCAGCAGAUUUGUGCACCAACUGUCGGGCCAGACCCCAGCUGUCGACUGUUUCUCUCGCUAGCCGCAUGCGCAAAUGGGAAAGAACUCACCAACAUUUAGCAGAGAUAUGUUACAGCUGUUGUGGGUCACGUGAUACCAGGUUAGGUUGCGUGUCGUUGGACUGCCCGGUGUUUUACAAACUCGUGCUGUGCACGCGUGACCUGAAGUCAUCCCAACAUUUCAGAAGGAUCCUGGAAAGCUUGUAGCAACAAUUUUGACGGCAUGACGAUUAUGAUGAUGAUGACGAUGGUGACAACAAAGACUAUAUUUCAGACGACAUAAUAACGACUAUGAUGAAAUGAUAGUGAUAAUGACGAUGAUAAUAAAACAAAUAACGACUGUAACGGUUACUGAUAAAGUUUACCUUAAAUCAAGGUUAUUUUAAGUUCAUGCCGUAUUGAACAAAUCCAGACAAAUGUUUGUAUCUCAAAAGAAAAAGAACCUAAGAUAAGUAUCGUUACAAGGAGAGUUUUCUUAUACGCGAAAACAAAGAUGAUAGGCCGAAAGAGCUUUAAGUUUAUUGAAAAAGAUCUAUAAAGCAUAAGAAUGCUGGAAGUUAUUUAUAUCACAGAGAAAUAAAUAUUCGUAUUUUACGACUGUU